CAAAGCAAGGAAUCAAAUUCAUCCAAAUCUCUCCUUCGUUAAAAUCAAAAACCAAACCCUAACCCUAAAACCUCUGAAAUCAUCAGCUAUGGUGUGCAUAAGAAAGGCGACGAUCGACGACUUGCUAGCAAUGCAAGCAUGCAAUCUCCUUUGCUUGCCGGAGAAUUACCAGAUGAAAUAUUAUUUCUACCACAUCCUCUCGUGGCCGCAGCUUCUCUACGUCGCUGAAGAUUAUAACGGACGUAUCGUCGGCUAUGUGUUGGCUAAGAUGGAAGAGGAAUCCAAUGAGUGUCACGGCCACAUCACUUCGCUCGCCGUCCUCCGUACUCACCGGAAGUUGGGGCUUGCUACUAAGCUCAUGAGCGCUGCUCAAAUUGCCAUGGAACAGGUGUUUGGCGCAGAGUAUGUAUCACUGCAUGUGAGGAAGAGUAAUAGGGCAGCAUUCAAUCUGUAUACAGAAACUUUGGGCUAUAAGAUUCAUGAUAUUGAGGCAAAGUAUUAUGCUGACGGAGAAGAUGCGUAUGAUAUGCGGAAGCAGCUCAAGGGGAAGCAGAACCAUCAUCACGGACACCAUCAUCAUGGAGGCGGCUGUUGUGCUGGUGAUUCUAAAUCUGUGCAAGCAAGACCAGAAUCGAAAUCAGAGGCAAAAGCCAGUACAAAAUCGGAAUCAAAAGCAGGAUAAUGGCAAAAUGUGCAAAAUCAAUAUUCGGAGAACUGGGCUAAGCUGUGAUUCAUACUCUUUGCUUGUUUGUAUCCAGUAAGUUGUUUCUGGUGGUAAUUAUACAUUUAAUGACAUGUUUCUGUCAUUGCAUUCCCAUUUAUGUAUACGGUAUGAGCAUUGUUGUUUAAUGAUUGCUGCACCUUCUUAAGAAACAUAUUAUAGAUGCUUACUGAA